CAACCAUCGUCAUUGCAGCCUAUUUCCUCCCCAGCCUCGAACUAUAAAUGUCGCUCGCCUUCAACAUCGGAGUCACACCUUUCUCCGGCCACGGAGUUGGGUGUUUGAGCCAAAUUUUCCCAGUCAAAGGAUUGCGAAUGGCCAUCGCCAAAAAGUCAUCUCUCACCGUUAAAUCCAGCCUUACUACACCAGAUUUGUUGGGGGAAUUAAAGGACAAGUUGAAGAGGGAAGAACACCAUGAUUCUCGAGCAGCUGCAACUGUUCCACCUUCGGAUGUACCCUCGAGUCUGUGUAUAAUUGACACCCUAGAAAGAUUGGGAGUAGACCGACACUUCCAACCCGAAAUCGAUACUAUUCUUGAAGAGACAUAUAGGUUAUGGCAAAAGAAACACACAGUUAUAUAUUCAAAUGUCACUACUCAUGCCAUGGCGUUUAGACUUCUCCGAGUGAAAGGAUAUGAAGUUUCAUCAGAGGAAUUGGCUCCAUAUGGGAACCAAGAGCGCGUCAGCCGGGAAACAAUCGAUGUUAUCGAGCUUUACCGAGCAGCGCACGAGAGAAUGUACGGAGAAGAUGAGAGCAGUCUAGAGAAAAUACUUGCUUGGACCACCACCUUUCUCAAGCACCAGUUGCAUAGUAACUCCAUUUCUAACAAGAAACUACACAAACUGGUGGAAUUUUAUUUGAAGAACUAUAAUGGCAUAACCAAGAGAAUAGCAGCUCGACGAAACCUUGAACUAUAUGACAUGAGCUAUUAUCAACCUCUAAAAUCUACAAAUAGGUUCUCUAAUCUGUGUAAUGAAGAUUUUCUAGCAUUUGCGAGGCAUGAUUUUAAUAUUUGCCAAGCCCAGAACCAGAAAGAUCUUCAGCAACUACAGAGAUGGUAUGUAGAUUGCAGGUUGGACACAUUGAAUUAUGGAAGAGAAACGUUACUCAUGUGCUAUUUUCUGGCUUCAUUAGUAAUUCAAGAUCCUGAAUUAUCCUAUGUUCGCAUAGCCUUUGCCAGUCAUAUGGUGCUAGGAACAUGUUUUGAUGAUUUUUUCGACAUUGCUGGUUCUAGACUAGAGUCAUACAAGCUCAUAGAAUUAGUGAAAGAAUGGAAAGAGAAGGCAGUUGCAGAGUAUGGAUCCAAGGAAGUUGAAAUUCUUUUUAAAGCAUUGUACAAUACAGUAAAUGAGGUUGCAGAGAUGGCUAGUGUCGAACAAGGACGAGAUGUGAAAGGAUUUCUUGUUGAACUGUGGAUUGAAAUGCUUUUAGCUAUGAAGAUAGAACUGGAUACAUGGACUGACGACGUGCAACUAAGCUUGGAUGAGUACAUGUCUAAUUCGUGGGUAUCGACCGGUUGCAGAAUGUCACUUCUCAUGUCGUCGCUAUUCCUCGGUGUUAAAUUAUCCGAGGAAAUGCUUAGGAGCGAAGAGUGUAGUGAUCUGUGUAGGCAUGUUUCAACGGUUCUUCGUUUGCUCAACGAUGUGACGACUUUUGAGAGGGAACGCGAGGAGAAUAAAAGAAGCAGUGUGAGCAUUGUCAUUGCAGAGGGAAGAAGUGUGACAGAGGAGGAAGCCAUUGUAGAGAUAAAAGAAAUAGUUGAGUAUAACAUAACAAAACAGAGGCAGAUUGUCUACAAAAUCGAUACCAUUUUCCCAAGAAAAUUCAAAGAUAUAUUUUUGGAGGGAUGCAAGAUUUUUUCUCAUAUGUAUUCGAGCAGCGACGAAUUCACUUCUCCUCAGCAACUCAUGGCAGAUGUGAAAUCCUUGAUAUAUGAACCUCUUACACUUCCUAGUUAACUAAGUCAUUUCCAAUACAUUUAUUUCCGGAAAAUGAUCG